GCUGUAUGUUGAAGCGUUGCGUUCAGCGAGCUUCGAGUUUAGAGGGUCUCUCUCUAUCGGGGUGGCAAGUCAGACAACGGGAACAACCGAAGGGGAGUAACUGCUGUUUGAAGAAAAAAAAUUAAAAACACACACACUUUUCACGGUUUCACCGCUGGAUACGUAACUCGCUCUGGAGUUGGAUUAACUUAAAACGCGCCUUUUUUAGUUUUUCUUUUUAAUUUGCUUUAGAAGACCGCUACUCACCGAAGACAAUGGGAUCCCAGGCAUCCAAGGGAGAGGUGGCCGCGGAGGCAAACGCUGCUGCCGCUGAUGCUGCAGCUGCCAAAACCAACGGACAGGAGAACGGUCACGUGAAGACCAAUGGCGAUGUUUCUACAAAGCCCGAUGGGGAUGCUGCAGCUACCAACGGCUCCGCGGAGGCCGCCAAGGAGCCUGAAGCCAGUGCGGGAGGUGACACUAUCGAACCGGCGCCUGCUGCAGACGGAGAGGCUGCGAAACCGGAGGGCGAGGCUGCGGCCAAAGAAAGCACCAAAGAGAAGAAGAAGAAGAAGUUCUCCCUGAAGAAGCCCUUCAACUUCAAACUGAACAUCAAGAAGAGCAAGAAGAGCGAGGCUGUGAAAGAGGAAGCGGCUGCCGCUGCCCCCUCUGAGGAGAAGCCUGCUGAGAAUGGAGCCGCUGCUCCUGCCGAGGAGAAGAAAGAGGAGGUGAAGGAGGAGGCUGCUGACGCCGCCGCUGCCGCUGCCUCUGCCGCUGAGGCUCCGAAGGUGGAGGAGGGGCCAGCUAAGGAGGAGGCCCCCAAGGAGGAGGCCAAAGAGGCAGCUGCUCCUGCCCCCGAGGCCACGAAACCGACAGAGGAGAGCAGCUCGACCCCCGCUCCGUCUGAAAAGAAAGAGUGAUUGUACGUUUAGCUCACAAUGAACUGGGUGAACUGUUUUUCAAGAGAGAGAGAGAAAAUUAAGAGUAUAUAUAUAUAUAUAUAUUUAUAU